AUGUUAUUGAACAUCCAAUUACAUAUAUUAGAUUUGAUUUUGAGUAGUUUAACAUUUCAAGAAUUAAAAAGAAUAUAAUGGAUAGAUUCGUUUUUUGCCACCUAUAUUCCAAGCAUUAUUCUAAAGACUAAAAAUUAAAUUAGCAUAUCUAUUUUUGAUUACAAUAAAAGUUUGGGGUUGGACAAGUGGUUAAAAUUAGAAAAAUUGAGUUUAAUCAUUUCUACAACAAGUCUCUCUGAAUUGAAGCAGAUUUUGAAACAAAUCCCCUAAUCAGUGAAAAAAUUGAAGCUCUAGUUAAAUUAUGACUUGAUUAUUCAAGAAAGGUUCUAUUCCUACAUUUCCAAAUAUAUGGCAUAACUAACUGCGUUGAAAAUGAUUGCCACAGGGCCAAAUAUCAUUUAAACUAAGUAGAAUUUAGAUGCAAAGUUUUUACACAAUCACUUUUAUGAUAAGAUGAAGAAUCUUAAGACCCUUCACUUAGAUACAACGAAUCUGAGUAAGAUUACUAAUGAGUCGAUAUAAAAUUAUCUCUUUUUUGCCUUGUUUUAUAAGGAUGAAUUUUGUACUAGACAACCAACAAUUGAAAAAAUAUCUUUUGAUUAAUUGGCUGAUACGAAUCAAUUGGAGAGAGGGUAUUUGUUGCAGAGCAAUUUCUAAAUUAACACGACAAUAAAGAAAAUCUCUUUGAAAUAAUUUGAUUAAGCAUAACAAAUGAAUUUGUUGCUUCAUCUAUAAAAACUAAUGCAUUUGAUCGGAGAUCAAGUAUUAUCAAUCAAGUUAUGCCAACAUCUAAAUAUACACACAAUUAUUGAAGGAGAUAAGAUGACAGCAUUUCUAAAACAUUUUAAUAAUUUAAAAGUAUUUUCACUUAAUAUAUAUAAUAUUUCAUUUGAAAUACUGAAUUUUGAAUUGGAUGAAUUGGCAUAACUAAAUCUAAUAUCUCUUGGUUUGGCAAGCUUGAAGUAUCACCAAUCGCAUUUUGCAUCAUUAUUUUCUUUGCUUCCAAAUUUAAAGAUGCUGAAUCUAGACUUCACUUCAAUUGAUGAUGAAUGUCUUAAUAUAUUAGGUUGCUCAACACAGUAUACAUAGUUAAAGAUACGCGGAUGUCGGAAAUUGACUAAUGAAUCUCUGUUGCCAUUCUUAGAAAAGUAGAAGCACUUAACUCAGGUGGAUUUAAGAGGUGUGCUUGGAUUUAGUAAGAAGGCAUUUAGAUUAUUAACAAAGAACAAUGCUCUUUAAUAAUUAUCUAUAUCAGAUAAUAAAAUCAACAAUUCAGUAUUGGUUGAUCUCCUUCAUAAAAAUAGUGGAAACUUAAAACACAUAAACAUAGGUGAGUUGAUGAAUAAUUAAGGAUUGACAAAUGAUGUGUUUAAACAAGCAAAAUAAAGAAAUGUCUGUAUGUUGAACAUGUAGUCAGCGUCUAUUAACUUUACUGCUCAAAGUUUUUCUAUAAAAGUAGUUUGCGAUUUUCUAUAACUGGUACCUAAUGUUUAAGUCUUAUGCCUCAAAAUUAAUGUUUAGAAUAUUAUAUUUCUGAUAGAUCAAAUUUUAGAACAUGAUUCCAUAUGUUAAAGUUUGUAGAAGCUCACUCUAUCCUGUAAUGGUUAUUCCCAUUUGAAUGUGAGUUAAAGGGAAAUACAAAUCUUUCAGUCAUUCCGUGAAAAGGCAAUUAGAUUAGACACUUUGACUCUGAAUGUGAGCGAUGGGGGAAAUGAAGUUGGGAAGAUAUUCUUAAAUUGCAUUUCUAAAAAAACCAAAGGCCAUGAUAUCAGAUUGGUGUUGCCAUAAUAAAAUAUUUAAUACAUAAUCUGA